GUCCAUGACUCGCUGUCGCGCUGUGGCCUUAUUUGGCAGUGGCAAUUCACGUCUCACUUAAAACAUUACGAUGGUGGCGCUGUUCAAUAGAAAACUGACUCACCAAUCACGGCUCGAUUUAAUCGCCGCGGCAUUCCAACCUGUUGCUUCCGUAAUAUGUAUAUAUAACCAACCCAUCGCCGACACGAGAGCUGUAAUCCAUACCACUCCCAGCCCACCGCAUUUUACUCAACACUGAAAAUGGAUACACUUCAAAAUAUUUAUUGUGCAAAACUUGUAUUAAUACUACUCGCCGGGUUUUGUAUUUCAAAAGAUAUCGACAAAAAUGUUCGCCUAUUUGGUGGAGAGAGUCCAUUUGAGGGCCGCGUCGAGAUUUUACGUAACGGCUAUUGGACGGCGAUUUGCAUUGACGACUGGGAUCUAAACAUGGCGGAUUUUGUAUGUCAACACUUAGGUAUAUCAACCGGAGCUAUGUCUCUCCAGACUCAACUGCCAACCACUGAGGGCGUCCCAGUAAUGACAGGCGGUUUCCGCUGCGACAGCACCAGUACAAAGCCAUCAGAGUGCUUUACCAAACAAACUGCAUCCAACAGACAAGCAUGUCGACCGGCUGGCGUAAAAUGUAACUUACCUGGAUACAUAGGUUGUGCCAAAUAUCGUGAGAAUUACUGGGGUUCGAGAUCCUGCAAACAAGGAGACCAGAUAGAAAAUGACCGCUGUGACGUUAGUAUUUCUGGAUGCAUUGCAUUUUGUCGAAAAUCCUCGUUCACCCACGCCGGUAUAAUUGGUGGGAAUGAAUGCCGGUGUUUAGCAACGAACAUUACGUCAGUGAUUCCGAAGGAUGAUAUCACUGAAAAUGCGAAAUGUGACGUGGAAUGUGCAGGAGAGGACAUUGGUACAUGUGGCGGCAGUGAUCAUAUUAGUGUAUAUUCACUGUCACUUGGGGCCUGCAGUAGCACAUUUCGAAAAUCAGAGGGCGUCUUCGCAUCUCCAGGUUUUCCAGGAAACUAUCCACCUACCGUCGAUUGCAAUUGGAUAAUUCACCAGCCGAGGGAGAAGAUGAUUGAACUCACGUUUUUCAUGAUGAAUCUCGCCGAUCCUGAUGACGUCAUCAACGUGAUUGAGGAGAAUGCGUCCGGUGAGGGCAGUGUGACCACAAUACUCCAAGCAUCUCCAAACGCAAUACGUUUCCCCUGGAAGAUGGUGAUUAGGUCGAAUUUAGUCAAAGUGCGAUUUGUGUCGAAUGGUGAUAGAGAGAGCAACGGGUUUAUUAUUUCGUUCAAAGCUGUCCCAUAUAUUGACCCGAAUCCCAUUAUACAACCGGACGUUACGACACAGUUUGCAGUUAAAAGAAUUGAAUACAAAGAGGAUGACGGGAAAUCUUACCGGUCACGUGUUCUUGAUUCAGUUAUUUACAUGGGCAUCGUCUUAGCAUCAGUCUUGUUUGUCGUAGCCGCUGCUUUACUUGUAUUACUUAGACAUAAACGGAAAAUUAAUAAGGCGAACAACAGUUCAGUUUUCGUACACACUGAGAAGGUGAAACCAAAUCAACGAACAAAUGAUGGUGUUACUGAAAACUCAAACAACGUAUCCCACGAAAACUCCCAAGAUGGUGUUGAACAUGAGUACUUGGCGCCUCAAUCACUUCGUGUGAAUAGUCACAUAUAUGCCGAGAUCGACGAGACAAACAGUCUUCCAGAAAAUCAUGACAACCCAAUUGCGGCUCGACCCAAAUAUUACGUUUUGGAGGAAACGAGCACGAAUAACGAUAUCGCUACGGAGCAUGCGCAUGCGCAUGGAAACUUACCAGCACAGACAUUACCGAGCGAAACACGGAUAUGCCAACUUCAGUCAGCAAGAAACAGUUCUCCAUUUUCGCCACUACGACGCCAAAGUCACAAAUACGAUGAAGUGUACAUAUCGUCAGAUCGACUCGAUAGGUGGACGCAGCAGGAUAGCGCCAAUGAACGCACAAUGAUUUGUACAUCCGGGUAUGUUCGCUAUGCUGAGUCCGACACAGAAAGCACGUCCAGUGAAUCACUCGGUGCGGGCUGCAUAAUACCACAGGAAAACGAAAGGAGAAUGAACACCAUUGACGUAUUUUCGUCACGACAACCCGCAGUCUGGGUAGAGAAAUCAAGAACUUUGCCCGGCAACAUUUAAUUUAAUCAU